GCUACGACAGCUUUACAAGUGCAUGGGAAGGGAAUGUCCCUACACAACAGACUAUGUUGACAAUUUUCGGAGACAUUUUAAUAAGCAUUUUACUAGCUACAAUGUCAAUAGCAUUGGUUUAGUGCCAUUUGACUUUAAGAAGUGCGCAUAUUGUAACAUGACUGUCGGUGAUUGGUUCCAAAUGGAGAAGCACUACGAGGAGAAACAUGCGUACUGCGAGUUCCAGUGCAAUUAUUGCUUCUAUAGAGCCCUUACUCAGGCAUACGUGGAAAUCCACCAGGCAAAUGUUCACCCUGAAAAGCCUGUAGUGGUUCUAGAAGCUAGUAUCACAAACCAUCCUCGCCCUCCUGUAGAAAUCAAUCGUGUUGAGCGCGUAAAGCCCUUUGUUUGUCAAAAUGAUUGCAACAAGUAUUUUUUUGUGCCGGAAGCAUUUUUCGUCCAUUUAAGGUUGAAGCAUGCCGCGCUCUCAGUCUUCUUGUGCCAUUUAUGUCAAGUGGCUAGUUACACGCCGGCCCAACUUAUUGAGCAUUACAAGAAGCACGGAAUCCUAAAAUAUCAGUGUUUAUACUGCAAUCAUGGCACCGAAAGCAUGACCGAAAUGCAUAAUCAUCUCAGCUCGAAUCAUUACAACCAGAAGCCUGUUUUUCUUGAAAGAACUCUGCCUCCAUCGCCUACAAAGACGAAAAGUGCCAUCGACCAACUACUUUUGCGAAAUGCAGAAGAGCAAUACACACUAGUUUCAAAAGUUAUCGGAAUCUCUGAUAAAAUGCCAGCUAAUUCGGAAUUAGAUGCGAGUAGGGAGGCAAAUGACUUAGCGCGAGUAAAACCUUUGAGUGAAAAAGCGGAGUCGAACAAUUAUAUAAUAUCAGUAGCACCCACUCGACCUAACAGCCCCCCGACUAUCCAAAUAAUCGCCACCGAGAGCAAAGUAAGCAGCGAUGAUGCGUUAAAAACUGAUUCCGCAUUUCGGAAAAUGACUGAAAGUAUUUCCCGAGCAGAAAAGAAUCGCGACUCCGUCAAUCAACUGAAGAAAUGUAAAAAAAAUUUGAAAUGCAAGCAGCAAGAGCCGCAAAAGGCUGCUGAAAGUGGUGCUCCCGGAAUCUUCCAAGAUAUCGGCACUAAGGAUGAAUUCAUAAACACGAAUUUGCUGGAUAACCCGGAAUUUCUGAAGACUCGUGAUUCUACACCGAAGAAGACCACGGCAUUGGACGACGAUGAUAGUGAUAUAGAAAUAAUAGAAGACUACGGAAUACCUGAAAGUAGAGGCGAAGUUGUGAUUAGAGAACCUCCAACAACUCCUGAUACAAAGCCGAAGGACGUGCAUUCGCUUUCGGUUGCGGAUAACUCUGACAUCUCGAAUGAUGCUUCUAGUUUCGAUGCUACAAGUCCAUCAAAGACUAAUGGUUUUCUAACUCUAGAUGACAUCAGACACACGGGUUUUACUGGAAUGGAUUUGUACAAAUGUGGAAUACUGAACUGCAAUUUCUCUGCUCCGAAUUCUCCCACUUUGCGGAACCACAUCCGAGAAUGCUGUUUUGUUAAUGUUGCUGCUAGUUUCAACAAUUUCGUCAACUUCCAAUGCAGUCAUUGUCCGAAGUCAUUCCAAAAGAUCGGAUUCUUUAUGGAGCAUCUAGAGAUUCACGGUCUGAAGCGAUACUGCUGUGCUGUUUGUGGAAAGAGAUUCGCGGUACAGAGCCAAGCUGUCACUCAUCUGUACAUGAAACACAAGGUCAAACUUCAUAAGCUUCUUCCUGCUGAUCCUAAAAAUCGCGCUGCUGGUGGUCUAUUUGUUGUGCACCCCGUGGGUAAAGGAAAGAAGAAGAUUCCGACUCCCAAGUUUGUAGAGAAGGAAAGUCCGAAAUCCGUGGAGUCUGAAACUUUGGCCUUCUCGCCUAACCAAAUCGACCUUCUUCCUCGACAAGCGAUUUACAGUCGGGAGGUGCAGUGUACUAUUUGUCCUUUUAAAACCAAAGUUCGAACCAAUAUUGUCAGACAUCUACAGUUUCAUGCUAAAGACGAAUCGGUUCCUGAAUCCGAACCUGUUAAUCCUGUUCCAUGUUUGGAAAAGAGAGAAAAGAUGUUUGAUAAGAUGGAAAACCACGCGAGCAGUUCCCAUCAGAAUGAAAGAAUGGGAGCAAAAAUAAAGGAAUCUAGUGCUCAACCUGAAGAUGAAACGCUGCCGAAGUAUGUUCCCGAGAAUAAAAGAUAUGUUUGCGGCAUUGCUGAAUGUUCGUACUUGACUGUCAACGAAGAUAUGUUACGGUAUCAUCUGAAGGCUUUGCACUCUGAGGAACCGUUCUUCAAAUGCACUCAUUGUAAAGCUCAAGGACAAGAUGCGCAAAAUGUUGCGAUCGAGAAGAUGGGAGUACAUUUGAAGAUGCACGACUCGAAGCUUUAUAAAUGCUCGCACUGUGAUUAUUUUCAUUAUCAGAGAUACGUUGUGGAGCGACAUCUUGGUGACAAACAUCCGGAAAAGAGAGCCCUCGUUAAAGUGAUACGAGAGUUUGAAUCGGAUGAAAGCUCUCAGCCUCCUCCCUUAGAAGAAAACGAAGACGAAACUCCGGAUCCGGAUGGAAAUCACUGGAAGUGCAACGCCUGCGAUUACAAGUGCGUUUACAAAGCGGAAAUGCAGACACAUGUUGGAAAUGAACAUGACGAGAAAAGCCAGUAUAAAUGCACGGCUUGUCCGUUCAGAACGAACGGAAGAAUUCAGCUUGAUCAGCAUAUUAAUACGAAACAUCCAAACGACCUUGAAGUGGAUCAUCAGAUGGUCUAUCAGAGAAUCAAAGGUACGAAAAAAGUGACGGAUCCGGUGGAACCGGGAACUCCGGAGGUACCUUUUGAUACGACUCCACUUUGGCGAAGAGGUAUGCUGGGGAUUAAACAUAUUCGGGGAAUUCUUAUUGAGGAAGAACCUAGUUCAAACUCCAAUUCCGCGAGUCCAACUACUCCUGAAAAGUUUGGGAAGAGGAAGCGGAAGAGCGGUACGGAUAUUUCGGCCAAGCCAGGUAAAUUUAGGUGCAUUAAACCUGUUGAAACGGAUGAUAGUGAGUCUCAGAGAGGACAAUAUGGUUUUUAUGGAAAUCCGGUUGGUUCAUCGUAUGAGUGCACGAUUUGCAAUCAGUUCAAGACGAAAUACAGACGUGAUAUGAGAGAUCAUCUGUACAGAGAGCUGAAGUACGUGAGAUUUCACUGUAAGACGUGUGGAUUCGUGUCGGUAAACAAGAAGUCGUUGGCGAGACACUGCAGUCAAAAUCACGAGGGAGAAGUUCCGAAUUGUGAGAAUCUACCUCCUGACUCAAGUAUUGAAGAAUGGGUCAUGACAUUGUUGAAUCGUCAAACAGAGGCAAUUAAGAGGAAUCUGGAAAAAUUAAAUCCAGAUGCUGGUGGACCAGGAAGUUCUAAAUCAGCGAGUCCUUCGAAACAAAAUAUAUCGUCAAGGUUACCUGGAAAAAGUCUUGUCAAUACUUCCGGUUCCGUGGUUCCAGGUUCGGAAGAUGAUAGUGAGAAAAAUGAAGAACUAAGUAACGAUGAUGCGCCGGAAGUCGUUAGCGAAGGUUUAUCAAGUGGCCAACCAAAGACUCUAAUUGUCCUAAUCUGCAAGCAUUGCAAAAAAAGGUUCAACAGCAAGCGUGGUUUCAAGAUGCACGUGAGGAGGCAGCACUUGAGACAAUACAAAUUCUUGUGCCCUCUCUGCGAUCGCAGUGCAAACUUGGAAUUCCAUAUCCAGCAACACAUUCAUUCGAAGCAUCCUAAUCGGCUAGUGAAACCAAUGCCCAAUCCAGUCAGUACAUCCAAUGAUGCUGAUCUAACUGAUGAAUUCUGGCUAAAGGAGUACCAGGUUCCCCCUGGCAAGGAAAACAGAGGUCAAAAACGAAAAGCAAACUUUGAAGAGGUCGCCGAAAAAAGGUUGAAAGCAAACGUGAUAGAUGAUAAAUUCAUUUGUGUGCAAUGCAACUUCGUAUCAGCGACCCGGCAGGCUCAUCUUGCCCAUCUAAACACCCACAAAAUCCUCUACAAGUGCGCUUAUUGUAGUUACACUGACAUGGUUAGGAUCGAUGUAAUGAAACAUUCGAAAUCUGAUCAUCCGCAAUUGUCGCCUAAAGUGGAAGCAAUUCCAAUAACUGGAAAUUCCAAUAAAAAGUUUAAUUACGAGUGCUCAUACUGCAACGUGCGCUGCAAAACGCACUUUGCCAUGAAGAAACACUGGACCAGGACUCACAAGGAUCCGCAGCCGAAUGAAGGAGUCAACUGGAAGACAGGACCUUUCCAGUACACUACUCUAGUUCAUGCAGACAGCGGAGCCGCGGAGAUAUUCACAUCCUCGCCAAAUGUUGCAGGGAAUGAGUCCGAGGAUUUAUCAGGUCAUCAUAAGGACGAAAAAUGGACCUGCGAGUGGUGCGGUGAAUUGUGCUGGAAUAGGAAAGACGUAAGCAAUCAUCACAGAGUCUUCCACUCGCAUCUGCCGCUCAAGUUUAAACCGGUUGAUCCACUUCAGAUUCCAGAAGACUACCGGUGUCCAGAAUGCCGUUUCGAGGCGAAGACCUACGAUAUAAUGUACAGGCACAUUAACAAGCACAUCAGAUUGUAUAAAUGCAAGUACUGCGAGCAAUCUUUCUGUGAAACUAGGCAGGUGAGGCUCCACGCCGAGCAAGUCCAUCCGAGAGUAGAGCCUAAAAUCGAAAGUGUCGAGAAUUACGCAGAGCAGCUCAAUGAUCUGUUGCUUAGAAUAACUGGGGGCGCGGGUUUCGAAUUAGAGUCUUCGGAAUAUGAAUCAGUUGCGAAGGAAUCCACCGCUAGUCCCAUGGUUCCAGUUCGUCCCUUCCCAAAGACAUUAAAAUCCGUCGCGAGAAAAUCGACAAAUCCUUUGCCGCGAUACCCGCCAGGCUUAAAGUUCUCGAACGAAGAUGCGAAGGUUGAAGGGAUUUCCCAUUACGGUGUCCCGAGGACACCCAUAGACAUGGGGUCUAUUAGCACUUACAUGGUAGUUGGAGGUCAUCGAAUGCCGGUCAAUUGUUUAACGCUUGCCCAACAUUUGGACAUAGAUCCUCGAGUAAUCGUUGUAGAUUUAAAGAAAAGACUGAACAGAAAAUAAAAGGUUUGGUCCAACCUUUGUGACAAAAGAGCUCAAAUGUCAACCGUUUUAGUUUAUGUUAUAAAAAACAAAAAAUUAGUAACUCUCAUGAGUAAAGUUAAUUGUUUAUCAAAUAAAAUUUUCGUUUGUCGUGUAUGUCGAAAAUACGAUUGGAUCGACUUGCAGCGUUCAUCAAGAAAUGCUCCUUUCGAUCCAGUUGCAUUUUAUUGGAUGUAGUUUCGAGGUUUGAUUAAAUCGUUAUUUUUAAUUUAAUGUGUUUUUGUUCAGUUUUGAACUCUGUUAGAACCACGAAGGAAUAGUGGGGAGUGGCAUCACCCUAUAUGUUUUUGGUAAGCAGAAGUGGAACAACGAACGUCCAUGAAUUCGUUGAUGUUUGCCGCGAAUGGAUACCCUCGAGCAGUCCCGCGCACAUGCGCAGUGCUGUUUGCGGUGUCACGUGUUCUAUACCCAUUCCCCUGUUAUAUUUUGAUAUCUCGAGUCAUAUUUAGGUUAUUUUCGUGUUUGUUUUUUAUUUUGUGGGGUGUGUAUCGCGUUUUUGAAUUGAAAACUAAAAGGAAAAUGGCAUAAAAAAAUACGAAAAUUUUCUAGAAAAUGUAAGUACUGUAAUUACAUUAUUAUAAUCAUUUGUGAAGUACGUGAGUAAGGGAUAAAGUUAAUUUCAGUAAACAAAAGAUUGUAGGUUUUUAUAUACAUAAUACAAGUUUAAAAACUUGCAACGCGUGGCGACAUGAUUGACAUGGCAACCGCCAGUGCGCAUGUGCGUGGGACUGCUCGAGGGUAUCUAUUCGUUGCGAACAUUAACGAAUUCUUAAACGUUCGUUGUUCCCCACUCCCCAUUUUAAUUGCCUUUUUACCUCAGUUUUGGCAACGUCAAGACUUUCUUUUCAUAUAAUUGCUCUCUGUGCUACAUUAAAGAUUGUUAAAAUAUACGAGCUAAAUUAUAGACAAAAUAUUCUAAUUAAGUCAUAUUGACGUAAUCUAAGAAUAGUAAUGAUUGUAUUUAAAGUCAAUCAACGAAAUUAUGCUUUAUAAUUUGUACUUUGCAGUUGGUUAAAACCUGGAUAUUAAAAAAUUCCUGAAGUAAACAUAAAGCAGUUUUGAUCAGUUGAAUAGAAAAAUACCUAGAGAAUAGUGGAACAUGUAAUGUUGUGAUCAUUUGUAAAUUAAGUUAUAUUGCAUGAUCGCAUGAAAUAUCUUCAGGUUUUUAUGCACUGCAAAACUUGAUACGUUUCCUUGUCAUUUCUGAGUUGAAUCUCAGGUUUUUGUAUGUAUUAUUCGUGAUUUUUUAAAAUCAUCCUGAAAGCGAAGAAACUGGAAAGUUCAAUUUAAAAUGGAGAAACAAAAUUUGGAAAAAUG